AUGGCGCGGAGAACAGUCUUGAACCAGGAGCUCAAGGAGCGUCACGUUAACAUGAUGGCAUUUACAUCUACGAUAGGCUUCGGCCUUUUCUUGAAAGCGGGGACUGUCAUAUAUCUAGCCGGGCCAGGACUCGGAACUGUGUCAAUGUUCGUUUCGUGUACUAUCAUGUGGAGUGUCAUUGCAGCAAUUGGGGAAAUGACAGCCCUAUUUCCUGUCCAGGGCCCGCUGUUCGAGUUCCCGUGCAGAUUUCUGGACGAAGGUGUGGGUUUUGCUGUAGGUUGGAUGGCAUGGUUUGCCUGGGUUGCAACGAUUGCUGCAGAACUAGUAGCGGUUGCCAAUCUCUUCACAUUUGGCUUUCCAGAACAAUAUCUGCGAGAUGUUGGUUAUCCAGAGGCGACGCUCGCCUGGGCAACUAAAGAUGAUUCUCCGGCUCUUUGGAUUACGAUAUUCCUGGCAGUCAUUCUUGCAGUCAACUUCCUACCGGUUGGCUACUAUGGAGAACUCGAGUACGUUUUUGGAUGCGCAAAGAUGAUCUUCAUAAUAGGCUUGAUCAUGAUGAACAUCAUCUUGAGCGGAAUGCAGAAGGUGCAAGUUUUUAGUGGCGGGGAUCAUUUUUGGACUUGGGAUCGUCCAUACUCGUUCGCUUCCGACGGCAUCAGUGUUCGUGGUCGGACCAAGAUCACGGGAAGCAUCGGACAAUUCCUUGCGUUCUGGCAAGCGUUGACUGCUGUAUGCUGGAGCCUAGUCGGGUUCGAGACAAUCGGCGUUACCGCAGCGGAAAACCGGGACCUCGAGCGCUGGGAAACUAUGCGUCUGGCGUCGAAGAAGUUGUCCAUACGAAUCACGACCUUGUAUACGUUGGCCACUUUUGCCGCCAGUCUAAAUGUGCCCAUGGAUGACCCGCAGCUACUAUCCAUUGCGACGGAUGCGCAUACAUCCGGUCAGCAUUCCAUCUUCGUCAUAGCCGCAGUUCGCAACCAUCUUCGAGGGUGGCCAUCUUUUUUCAACGGAUUUUUCAUUUUUUCCGCGUUGACAUCGGCCGUCAAUGCUGUUUACAUUUCCUCAAGGUUGCUCCAUGCACUGGCGUCCAUUCCGGAAGUUUGGCCUCUGUGGGCGCAGACAUUCAGGAGGCGAUUGGAAAGGACGAGUUCUCACGGAACACCAAUGUACACGGUCACGUUAUCCUGGCUAUUCGGCUUGCUUGCGUUUCUAGCAACAAAAACUUAUCCUGCUGAAAUACUGAGCAGAAUCACGACGAAUGCCACAGUCUCUUUUUUCAUCGUAUAUAGUGUCGUAGCUGCCAGCUUCAUCCCAUUCUAUCAUCGAAUCAAGGACGCAAGCGAAGACCAAGCCCUUGAGAAUAGGGAUGCAUACGACAGAGACGAUGAGCAGUACCCUUACAGAACUCACGGUCAGCUCUUUCGAAGCUGGUACGGGACCAUCUUCUGCACAUUGAUACUUCUGUUCAGCGGCUGGCGCUCGUUCUUUUCUCCAUUCAGCACACCUGACUUUAUAGUUUCCUACAUCGGUAUCGUCGUCUUUUUCGUCAUAAUUGCGUAUUACCAUAUUAGGACAGAUGGCAUAUCGCCUCUGAAAUGGAGAAGAAACGCAUGCCUGCAGAUACAACGCCCACCGCCGAAGAUUGUUGUGGCAGGACGAAGAAGAGGGACGUUGCAACUACCCAACGAGAAGAAAAUGUUUGCAAUCGAAAAUCUCGAGGCCGUUGCAGGCUGGCUCUGGUGUUGGAUUCGAUAG